UUUUGAGACGGUCCUGUCAAAUUCCUUCACAUGAUGUCACUAAACCUUUGAUUUCACCGCUAAUAAUAAAACUACCGCUAUUAUUAUCAUAAUUACAGAAUUGUUCUAUAUUGUGAACGUUAAGCAGCUGACUUCCGAGUCCCGUACAGUUUUCCAGAGACAACAGAUCAAAACGUCAGCAAACAGCUUCACGCUGGGAAAUCUGAUAGCUGGUGAAAGAUACGAAAUGACCAUACGGAGUGCGUUGAAUGACACUAGGGUGUCUUCUACAGCAGCCAUAGUCGAAAUCAGUAUGCCGAAAGAAAACGACUAUUUUGAGAUUGGGAAUCUCAUUAUUAGUAGCCAUUUCUAUUCCGAUCUACGCGGUGUCGUUAACCUAACGUGGGAAGUACCAGCAAAUAUGGAGCAAAAAAUAGUUGCAUUCGAUGUCCAAUAUGUAGAAGCAGAGAAUGACAACUGGCAGAAAGUGAAUUUCCACGGAAGGAAGCCGUCAGCAUUGCUGCACGACUUGAAAAGUGAUACUGAAUACGUCUUGAGGAUUAAAACAAGGCUUACCAAUAACAUAGAGAUCGAAAGUGGGGAAUUCAGAUUUAAAACACCUAAAGUGGAAACGAAUCCUAUACAAAAGGUUGAUGUAAUCUACUCUCACGAUGUAAACUCAGUCAGACUUCAGUGGAUUUUGGAACCGCAUGUGAAAGCGGAUUUGGUCGCCGGAUAUGAUGUAUACGUUAGUGACAAUAAGGAUCGACCAGACUCCCAGUGGAAACUGGUCCGAUUGGACAAUCGUGAGGCAGCUUUGGCACUCGACAAUCUUCGUGAUUCCACCGAAUAUUUCGUACGCGUGGACGUGCGAAACAAGGACGGUUCGGUCAUUAAAGCGCCAUUAGUCUAUCGAUUCAAAACUAUCGGUAAGCGCGAACGUGAAGGAAACUUGUUGGCGUUCAGAAAUCUUGCUCCAGGGCAGGUGGAAAUUUCUUGGACAUAUCCACCCUUCGUUUUGCACAUUAUGAUAGGCCAGUUGCUGAAAGCCCAUUGGCCCCAAAUGCUCCAGCGAAGCCAUUCUUUGUUACUCUUCCAUAAAACACAGUCAAUACAAGAAACUAUUAAAAAGGAGUAUUUAUCAUCUCUCUAA